GGACGCUGGCGUGAGCGGUUGUGUUCAUGUGAUUGUGUUAUUGGAUUAUUCAUCUGUGAUUGAUACAAGACCCUCAAGACAGCAAUGUUAUAGUCCUAACAAUAGUGUAAAAAAGUGUAGUGUGUGAUAAAACUUAGUGUCAAAAUGGGCUGCAAUACGAGUUCCGAAGCCAAGUCGAAAAAGGAAGAGAAGGAUUCACAGGAAAAUAAGGCGAAUGCCGCGGCAGAGGAGAAACAAAAAGAAUCGGCGGAGCAGGGUGGUCCCUCAGAAGAAGCAGCUGCCACAAAAAUCCAAGCGGUUUUCCGAGGGCACAAGACAAGAAAAUCAAUAAGUAUGAAGGCAGUUGAGAAACCAGCCGAGAAGAGCCAGCAGGAACCGAGCAAGGCUGAACUGGAAGCCGAGUUUCGGGCUGAUGAUAAAGACUUGUGCAAUGCGGCGACAAAAAUUCAAGCGUCAUUCCGCGGUCACCAGGCCCGCAAGCAGACCCAUGUUGAAAAAACCAAGGAAGAACAAGAUAAGGAGGAUGUCGAGAACAUUGACUUGACGGAUCCCGAGCUGAACAAGGCUGCCACUAAGAUACAGGCCUCGUUCCGCGGACACAAAGUGCGCAAGGAUACCAAUUAAUUUUAUCACCACGACUUUUGUACGAAAUUACAAUUAACUAAUUCUUCUAGGUUAAUUUUAAAGUUAUUAAAAGGUUUUUGAAGCAUUUAAAACAUUACAGAACAACACCGGUACUUUGUAACUCCCAAUUGCUAUCGGGCAUUUUUUUAUCAAAAAUGGGGAUGGAUUUUCGAAUCCCCAAAAGUACAAGUAUUGUAGGACUCGGCCCACGCCACUAUUGGAGACCUACAGGCCUUAAGAGUUACACGGCACUGGUGUAGGUAGAAGAGUAACUAUACAUUUUUUUCUAUAGUAAAUAGUCAACACAUAUUAAAUAUUAAUUACAAAGUAAAAGUUACAAAUUCGCUGUUUUUUAAUAUUUUAUUAUUUAUUUAAAUUUUUACUGUUUAUAAAAUCAUUACUAUUAGUGUUUGUAUGGGUUAAAUCUUUCAUUUAUAAACUAAAUCCGUCUAAUUGUUUUAACUUCAGUAGUUAUUCGUUUCUUUCUACAGUGUAUUUAAACUGGUAAAAUGAGUUUCAGUUUAAGUUUAAACUAAAGCAAUUUAAACUUAAACUGACCUACUUUAUAUAAAUAAUAUAUAAAUGUUAUAUUAAAGAGGCAGUGAACCACUUAAUUGUAUUAAGGUAUAUUACGCUAGAAAGAGAUUUUUUUUAUGUCUUUGUUUAAGACGCAAGCUACAUUUAUAAAAGUGAAUAAAAACUGCUCUAUGUAAUAAUACAAUUUCUCUAGUCACGUGUAUGAUAUUUUAACUAAAAUAUCUUGUUUUAUUUAGUUCAAAUGUCAAUAUAUUAGCACAAGACACUUAAUGUAAAAUUAUUCUCUAUUUAUCGCUAGUUAUAUUGUAAUUACGUACAAAAGACCGUUAUAGUAAUGUGUUUUAAAUGAUAUGUCAAUAUAUUACAGUUAUGUGUAUCGUGGACAUGAGUAGAGGGAAAAAAUAUCUAUGCAACAUCUCUAAGACAUUUUGAACGCAUUAAAACGCGUGAUAAUAUAAGUUUCAAAUGUGUUUUGAUAAUGGCGUAUGAUUUCUAACACAGCGUAGACAAAAUUAAUAAUAAUAACGACAUAGAUAUUACCUAUCCCAUUUUUCUAUAUAUUCUGGAAAAUUCUUGUAAAUUUUCAAUAUAUAAAGUUUUUUGAUAACAUUCCAAUGUAUUUUCUUCUUUAUAUUUGUUAAAUAAGUUAUUGUAAGGACUAAACUGACGUUCGCCUUUACGCUGUUUACUACGGCGAGGUUUCGCAGUGUUAUACAAUCAGUUUAACGUGCAGUUUGUGAGUUCUUGAAUUCGAACAAAUGCCACAAACUAAUAACUAACAAAUUAUUAAUACGCGAAAUAACUUACUAGCACUUGUAUUGUCUUGAAGAUAAACUUUGUGAGAAAAAUGUUGACCACAUACGAAGCACAGAAGUUACGUUUACUUGAAUCUGAUAAACAAUGAAAACAGAUACAGUUAACACAGGCUAUUUAUUAUCUUGAGUCACUGUGCCAAGAUGAUUUUUACCCGAAUUUUCUCGUGGCCUUAUUGAGAAAAACACUUUGUCUUAGUUGCAUCAACCCAUAUUAUUUAUAAAAUUAAUUUCAAAGUUCGGAAAUUAAAAAUGAUUUUUUCAUCCAGAAUUCCAUUUACAAUCAUUGAUUUUUCCAUUUCCACCAGAUGUCAAAUUUAGUCCUUAUAAAUAAAAUUUAUUAUUUAGUUAAAGUUAUUAAGAAUAGUUCUAGGGCUUACCUGUUAUAAAAUACGUUGCGUACACCUAUGUUAAGAAAAGAAUAUAGAUUAUUUUAAUCAAUUACUAUGUUGCCAUAAUCACGCAUUCAAUAUUUUCUGUAAAUUACCGAAUGGUUUAUUAAAUAAAGUAUUUAAUA